AUGGCGGUUAAGAAAGAACAAAUAGCAGUAAUACCUUCUUCGACGACUUCGUAUAGCUCACCAGAAAAUGGGGUUAAAAAACCCCAGUCGUCUCCCAACCCAGCUUUCCAGAGAUUGCGCCGGAAAUUAUUGCCGAGAAAGGCCGAAGCGGAUGACCUAAAACCAUCAAUUUCAAAAUAUUCUUCAAGUUCCGAUGACGAACACGGCGAGGCUCUGGCAGAGUAUCAAUGGAACGACACGGAAAUGGUGGUUAAUUCUUCAAGUUCCGAUGACGAAAACGGCGAGGCUCUGGCAGAGUAUCAAUGGAACGACACGGAAAUGGUGUUUAAAUACUUGGACGAAAACGGCGAUGGUAAAAUCUCACAGGAAGAGCUACGGAAGUGCGUGAGGGCUUUAGGUGGAGAAAUGUCGGAGGAGGAAGCGGAAAUGGCAGUGCGGUUGUCGGACGCAGACGGCGAUGGAAUGUUAGGGCUAGAGGACUUCACCAAGCUGAUGGAGGGCGGCGGCGAGGAGGAGAAAAUGGAGGAAUUGAAGGAAGCAUUCAAAAUGUACGCAAUGGAGAAUAGUGAAUUCAUAACGCCUAAAAGUUUGAAGAAAAUGCUGAAUCGAUUGGGGAAUUCGACCUCCAUUGAUAAUUGCAGAAGCAUGAUAAGCAUAUUCGAUAUUAAUGGAGAUGGCGUACUCAGCUUCGAUGAAUUCAGAGUUAUGAUGCGAUAA